CUGUUCAGUCGCAGAAUGAUGGGGACCGCCGGGCACAAAAGGCACUAUAAAAACGUGGAAAAUAAUAGGAUACCUCACUCGUGAGUGUAUUCAGCGUAAUGCGCGGAAGAGGCAAGCGACGAUACCGUUAAUCGUGGGUGUUGAUACAGCUGCUCCCACGCCUGGUGCGGCAGAGAAUAAAAGAAGGGGCCAACAGAGACAAGACCUGGAGUUGUGCGGAGUGUGGCUGGGUUUGGUGAUCUUCCUGGAGGACGCAUAUUACCGUAACACAGAACAGCAUAGGAGCCAGCCCCAGGACCAGAYGGGAAGGUAGCAAAAGAGAGGCGAGCAGCAGCAGCACGGCGGUGGCACAGAAGGAAUGACACCAGAGGGGAAAAGUCCCAGAGGGGCACCGGUAGCCCCUCCUGAUGGAGGCUGGGGAUGGAUGGUUGUGGCCGGCUGCUUCCUAGUCACCAUCUGCACCCGUGCGGUCACUAGAUGUGUGUCAAUCUUCUUUGUGGAGUUCCAGGUGCACUUUGGUCGGGACUACUCUGGCACGGCCUGGAUACACUCGCUAGUCGACUGCACCACCUUCCUCUUUGCUCCUCUUGGCAGCUUCAUCGGGAACCGUCUGUCCACCCAAGCCACUGUGAUCAUGGGAGGUGUCCUGUCCUCUGCCGGCCUGAUCCUCAGCUCCUUUGCCACCAGUCUGGAGUACCUCUACCUCACCCUGGGCGUCCUCACAGGGUUGGGAUUUGCCCUCAGCUACACUCCAGCGGUGGCCAUGGUUGGGUCCUAUUUCAACGAGAGGAAAGCACUGGCCUAUGGGAUGGCAAUGUCUGGGACUGGGAUUGGGACCUUCAUCCUGGCACCUGCUGUGCAUCUCCUGAUUGAACAUUACUCCUGGAGGGGGGCCUUGCUGAUUCUGGGAGGGUUUGUGUCCAACCUGUGUGUCUGCGGGGCCCUUAUGAGGCCCCUGGUGCCUAAAGGUAGAGGACAGAGGUGGCACAAGACAGCAGAGCUUGAGAAUGGGUAUGCCAUCCCACCGGUGGAUGCCAAGCUAGCAGAAGGGAAGGUAAUGGACACAACACUUCCAGGCUUAAAGCCGUUGGACCCAAAUACAGAGGUUGUGAAUGUAACAGAUGUUAAGCUUGAAACUGAUAAACUUGCAGAAAUUAAACUCACUGAAAUGAAACUAGCAGAGGCACUCCUUGCGAAUGUACAACUAGCUGACUCGAGGCUGGCAGACAUGACGAUAGUAGAGGGCAUGGUUGUGAAUGUGAAUAGCGUGCUAACAGAGAAAAUGCUUGAAGAGAUCAAGCUAGCGGAUCAAAAUCUAGCCAACGGGAAGCUGAAGGACAUUAAACUAAUGGAGAACCUUGUCAUCGGUAGCCAGCUUGCUGAUGUUAAGCCUGUAGACACAAAGGUUGCCGAUGCAAAACUAGCAGAGUUAGUAGAUGCCAAGGUUCUGGCUGGCCUGGCUGCCCCUGGGCCAAUUGGUCCCCUGGCGGGGCCUAAGCUGGGAGGGUGCCUCUGUCUUCAGUCAAUGGAGGAGUUUAGCUUCCUGCUGAUGCCUGACUUCAUGCUGCUGUCCGUGUCCUUCCUGUUCCUGGCGUACGGCUGCAGUGUGCCCUUUGCCUACCUGGUGCCUUAUGCCCUCAGUGUGGGCGUGGAGCACCAGCAGGCUGCCUUCCUCAUGUCCAUCCUGGGGGUCACCGGAAUCGUAGGAAACAUCACGUUCAGCUGGCUCACUGACAGGAAGUGUGUGAAGAAGUACCGGAAAGUGAGCUUCAUGUUUGCUGUGGGUAUGGAGGGUCUCUCCUGCCUCCUGAUUCCUCUGCUACGUUCCUUCACCCUGCUGGUGCCUUUCUCCAUGCUCUAUGGCUAUUUUGAUGGUGCCUACUCUGCRCUCAUACCAGUGGUGACGUCUGACUUGGUGGGCUCAUCGUACCUAUCCUCAGCCCUGGGUGUGGUCAACUUCUUACAUGCCAUACCCUACCUGGUUAGCCCACCAAUAGGAGGCUGGUUGGUGGACUGGACUGGUGACUAUACUGCAGCAUUCUUCCUCAGUGGAUUCUCUCUUAUCCUCAGCUCACUCUUUCUGGCUACUGUCAUGCUGAUCCAACGAUGCUGGGGACCACAAACAUUCUCCACCAGCGAUGCCGAUUCAACGUUCGCCUCCUUGAAGAAUGGCCAAAUGGAUCUACCGACGUACAAGGCAGCACAUGACGAACCAAAGCUAGCAGGGACCGUCCCUGCAUGUUGAGACAUUUUUGUAAGCAUUUUUUAUUGAGUGAGUGGAUGUUACUGUAAUACCAAAGUGUGUUGUUCCUUAAUGGAAGCAAAACAAUAAUGUUCCAGGAACAACAAAAUGCAGUUAUUCCUGUCAACGUGAACUUGUGAAAAUCCUAUAACACCAUCACAAAUUCUGUGUUGAUUACCAGUCAGGAAAAGUUACUCUAUUUUUAUUUUUUUUUAAAUAAAAGUUGAUUAAGAA